AUGGCCGAGGUCCUCGGUGCAAUCGCAAGCGGUAUUGCAAUCGGUCAAGUUGCCACUACCACAGGUAUCGCUAUUCUGCGGCUAAGGCGACUCCUGGACGAAGUUCGAGAUGUUCCCCGGAGCGUCGAGGACUUGAUGGAGCAGAUUGAGUGUUUUGAUCCGGCGCUUUGGGAACUCGAGCAGAACAUGAGCACGAACGAGAUCCCCUCGGACUUAUGGAAAAGCUCUGCAGCGACGAAAAGUGCGCUUUACUGUCGCAAGGCUCUCAAGCAGUUGACAGAUAUGGCGGAUGAGCUAUCGGCUCAAAUUAACUCCACCAAGCGUGUGCAAAGGACUGUCGCCCGUGUCAAGGCUGUGCUAAAGAGAGGUGUAAUGAGUGACUUGGAGAGACGGCUGGAGACAGCUAUCCGAAUGUUGCAGUGUGCACAGCAAGGCUAUACAAUGAAGCAGCAUUUGGCGGAGCCCCUGGAACCUUUGAACUACUCAUUCACUUGGGAAGCAAAGCGGAUGGGGAUGAAAGGAACCAUAAUGGAGCGUAAGAAGCCCUUGAGGUAUCACCUCAUCAUAUCGUUCAACGUCGCUAAUAUACCAUAA